AUGAAAACAGUAGCUCUGCAAAUAUCAGUAGGCGUGGAAAGUCCAGGGGCUUCCACUGUGGCUACAGUCUCUACCCAGUUUCCUUCUGUACAUGGUGGUAUAGUUUCUGAUGAUUAUAGUUCAACACCAAGGCCCAGUGAGGUUACAGCAGCUAGCCAAUUCCUUUCAGUUCACCACCUUUCUCUGCAUUCUGUUCAUGCAAUAAAUCCAUCUCUGCCUUCUGAAGAAAGUGUGAAACAAGCAAUAUUAGAUUCUGAACUACUUCGGAAAACUGAAAGUUCCACAUUAGUACUGAAAACAACAAAGGAAGAAGCAGAGGUAAAUAUGCUUCAAGAACCGUUAGGCACCUAUGAAGUUCCACUUGAAGAAACUGUAACCAAAGCUGAACAAGCUCUUUCAAGGCCUUCAGUAGUAGUAGAGCCAGUAGCCACUGCAGUGGUACCUUCACUUUCUUACAAUGUUCAGGAGACUGAAUUAGACAUCACUCCUAACAAAACAGAAGUUCCACUUGUUGAGGCAGUUUCUGAAGCUAGACACGAACAACAGGAAUUUUCUGUAGAAAAUGUUUCUGCUUCCACAGUAAAGUCUGAACUGGACACUGUAUUAUCUCAGGAAACUAAACAUUAUGAAGCAUUACUACUAAAUGCGGAACAAGAAUCAGAACUGACCACAGAGGUUCACUCCCAAUCACCAUCAACCACUUAUGAAAUACCUCUCCCUGUAACUUCUGUGACAGCUGUAGACCACAAAACGUCUGACAAGUCAGACCAAGUGCCACAGCCAGAUAAGACAGAAGAGUAUCUAUCUAAAUACACUGUAGAAGAACAGGAUGAACAGUACGUCUCUUCUAAAGAAUCUGCUUCUCCUGAAGCAAAGAUUGUCCAUCACCACUUUGUAAAACAGAGUGAUCAUAUUUCACCUGUGCCAAGGAAUCAAACCAUGUCUCAUCAAGUAGAAGUGAAUGUGGAUGUUGAAUACUUAACUAAGUCACCAGUUUCAUCUGCCACACAACAUGGCAAAGAAUCAAGAAAACUCAGACAGUCACAAAUGUCACAACCUCUGUAUUGUGACUAUGAAUACUGUGAACCAAAAGAUAUAACUACUCAGAAACAAGAAUCUUCUUCAGCAAUCCACAGUCACGCUGGCACUUCUCAAGACCAAACUACUGCGAAAACAUCGUACUCACCCAGACCUCAUACUGGUUCUCGAAGAAACCACAGAAGUUGCAUGAGUAACUGCCAUCAUGUCAAGGAUUCUCCAGUAACACACAGCAGCCAGGUGACUAGCUGCUGCCACGUACAGGAUGCGGGCAAAGAAUGCCAUCAUUCUUUCAUUUCUACAACUAUUGUAGUAAAUCCCAAAUCUCCAGUACAACAAAUGCCAAGACUCCACAACUGUGAUGGCUUUUCUUCUCAAGAAAGUGCUGAAGAAACACCAAUUAACAUUAGAGUACCAUUGGCGGAGGAGGAGAAUUAGAAGCUCAGAAAUGAAGGCGGCCCAAAUUCUCUGCAGGGUCAGAGGAAUAAAGUCAUGCAGCAAAGAAGAUUUUCAUUGCUUCAUUUCAUCUCUGGCAAAGGACCUGCUUAUGUUUCCCAAUAGCCUCUUUUCUGAGUGAACAUAACAUUUUAACACAAACACUGCAUGCUACAAAUAAAGAGUUGACCUGUAUUAUGA